ACGCUUUCAAAAAUCGAAUUUUUCAAAAUCCAGUUUUUCAGACGAUAUAAUCUUGCUAUUCCGAAAUUAUCCUGUUUUCCUUAUGAUUUCGUAAUUCAUCAGAAGAGGAAUAUAGUGAAACGGUCUAUCCUGCUCUCACAUUAUGGGUCUGUGCAAGUGUCCGCGGAGGCGGAUGACGAAUCUCUUCUGUUUCGAGCAUCAUGUCAAUGUCUGCGAGGAAUGCGUGGUGCAUGAUCACAAUAAGUGUGUGAUAAAAUCCUAUCUUAACUGGCUGGAGGACAGCGGAUACGAUGCCACAUGCCCGUUCUGCCAUCGUGCACUGGGCGACAGCGAAUGCGCUCGGCUGACGUGCUACCAUCUCUUUCAUUGGUCCUGUCUGAACAGAUACGCCUCCCAACUACCGGCCAACACCGCCCCCGCCGGAUAUAAAUGCUACACCUGCUCGCAGUGCAUCUUCCCCAAGGGCAAUCUGGCCAGUCCGGUGGCGGAUGCGCUGCGCCAGCAGCUGGAGACGGUCAACUGGGGUCGCGCGGGAUUGGGACUGCCGCUGUUGGACGGUAACGGGGGCACCGCGGCGGUCAAUUUUGGCGCGAUGGAUCCGGAGUUUGUCCAUAAUCUGCAGCAGCAAUCCCGGGAAACGACCAUUUCCUUUGAACCGAGUAAAGAUCAUUCCAAGGAUCUGGGUUAUGAACGCGAGACCGUGCGGCGUGCUGGCGACUCGUACGAGAGCAAAGCCACACCGUCCGCAUCGCGCUACCACGAAGCGCACGAUUCGGACAGCGUGGAAGUGAAGUACAAACGGAAGCCGUUCGGUGAAUGGUUCCAGCGUCUCAUCAGAGCGUACAUUCCCCGGCCAUCGGCCAACGACGCCAAGGCCGGACUGCGCCGGCUCUUCAUCAGCGUGCUGGUCAUCCUCGUCAUGCUGCUGACGUUCGGCGUCUUCCUGACCAGCGUCAACCGGGCGCCCGGCUACGAGGAGGUGCCGGAUGCCGCGGCCGAUCUGCCGGAGGAGCUGGGAGCCGGGGAGAAGGCCGUGCGGCUGGAGGGGAUGGGCGGGGAGUCGGCGCGCUGAUACGGGUGUCCAAGGGUUUAAUGGACCUGUGGAUGGUGUUUGCUUUUGUGUCUCUCACGGGCGACGCGCGGAUGUAAUGCGUACAGUUAUCUUGUGCUUAGAACGCCUGCUGUGCACUCAUGCUGGCUUCUCCCUUUUUAUUUUUGGUUUCUUAGCAGUGGCUUUGUGGGUGUCUUGGCGUUAAAUUUCGAGUUGGAUGUUGAAUGGGCAGAGAUUCACUGGAAAACACCGGGUGUUUGUUAUACAGUUUACUGGAAGUGUUUUCUUGGCAGAACAACUUCAACUGUGU